AUGUACAUCGACCCUCCCGAGACAAAGUCUGAAGAGACAUUUCCCAACGUUACUGCCAACAUAAGCAAUGAAGAACUGAACAAGCGACUGCUGGAGAUUCGAAAUAAAAAUGCAAAGGAAUCUCUAGCAUCAAUUCAAGACUCUGUUGGCAAUAUUGGAAUCGGCAUCAACAUCACCUUAGAUAUCAAUUUUGAAACAAUUGCUUAUGUUGGCGUCCAACUCAUUACUCCUAUCAUUAUCUUCACUCGAUGGAUGAUGCCAAGAAUUGACCUUACAAACAAAGAACUCUCAGAACUGUUAAUGACUGGAGUCGCCAUGUCCUUUGAUAUUGUAGAGUUACAAGACAACAUACAGAAUGAAGAUCUUCAUAAGAAUAAAACUCUUGCACAUCUCAUCCUGGUUUUCACAUCUCUUAGUCUACUACAGCUCUUGCAGCUAUCCGAGGCUCUUGCCAAACGUGCCGUCUCAUCUGCAAAAUGGGAAAUGUUUUGGACAGUCUACAGCAUUGUGUGUCAAGAGAUUCCUUUCUUGGUCAUCCGUAUCUACAUUCUUAGUGUAUCUGGAUUUGAAGUUAUCCAACUAAUCUUCCCUCUCAAGAAUGGAUAUAGCAUAGUGUUUUGUAUCUAUCACAUCUUUGCAAUCUUGAAGACAAAGAAGAGAAAGGCAAACGAAAAGUACAAACCAAGUACCUCGAUUUUGGAAACAACAGAUGGCAAGCCUUCAUCUUUCAUUUUCAAGAUAACGGAUAUCAUAUCAUCAGUUGCACAGUUGCACAGUCUACGUUUGAGAAGAAAUCUUUGCAUUUGUCAUGGAGCAAAAUUUUCUUCAGCUUUAUUCUCCCAAUCCUCUUCUUAA